AUGGCCAAACUCAGGCAUGCCAAAAUCUUCACCAAAUUGGACUUGCGCUGGGGAUACAAUAAUGUUUGGAUCAAGGAAGGCGAUGAAUGGAAAACGGCCUUCAGAACCAAAUAUGGCUUAUUCAAAUACUUAGUCAUGCCAUUUGGUCUCACAAACGCCCCUGCCGCUUUCCAACAUUUUAUGAACAAUUUGUUCAGGGACCUGAUAGACGUGAACGUAGUGAUCUACCUAGACAACAUCCUGAUCUUCUCAGACAAACCGGAAGAACAUCCAAACCACGUGAAAGAAGUCCUGUCCCGCCUAAUGAGGAACCAACUGUUCUGCAAGUUGUCUAAAUGCCACUUCCAUGUUACCAUGGUCGACUAUCUAGGCAUUGUGAUCUCCCCUGCCGGAUUUUCCAUGGAUCAGAAGAAGGUCGAGGCUGUCACGUCAUGGCCCACCCCCAGGACAGUCAAACAAGUCCAGGCCUUCUUAGGAUUUGUGAACUAUCUCCGUUGCUUCAUCCCCAAUUUCAGUUCUGUAGCGCGCCCCCUACACCAUCUUACAAAGAAGGAAACCCCUUGGUCAUGGGGUAAACCAGAGGAGGAUGCAUUCCAGGAACUGAAAUCCCUUGUCACCCAGUCACUGGUCUUGGUCCACUCUAACCCUGAACUCCCUUACUAUCUGGAAACAGAUGCAUCCGGGGUAGCCAUGGGAGCAAUCCUUAGCCAAAGAGGGGAAGACAAUUGCUUACACCCGGUGGCUUACAUGUCUAAAUCUUUCUCCGGCGCCAAGGCUAAUUAUGACACCCACGAUAAGGAGCUCCUGGCCAUAAUAAAAGCAUUAGAAGAGUGGCGGAUUUUCCUAGAGGCAACAGACAGACCAAUCCAGGUUUUCACAGAUCAUAGAAACCUGGAAUAUUGGAUGCAGGCACGGACAUUUAACAGAAGGCACGCGCGCUGGCGGAUCUUCCUGAGCGACUUCAACUUUGAGAUACACUAUUGCCCAGGAAAGCAGUCAGGAAAACCAGACGCCCUGUCCAGAAGGUUGGACUACACAGACAGCCCUCAGGAACCAGAAAUCAUGCUCCCAGCAGAGGUCUUUGCCAACACGUCAGAAGCGGAACUUGAAAUUGUCACAGAAAUCCAAGGAAAACUGAAGGAGGACCCCUCCCUGGAACCCAUCAUCCAGUUCCUGUCAGAAGACGCAGAUAAUGCACCCCUGUCCAUCUGCAAGGCGUAUAGGGAUUAUGAUUGGGAGGAAGACCUACUCUGGUACCAAGGGAAGCUAGUGGUCCCAGACUUGGAAAUCCUGAAAGAACGCUUGCUCAGAGAAUUCCAUAAUUCACCCCUAGCAGGGCAUCCUGGACAACAAAGAACCCUGGAGCUCCUGAGUCGCAACUACUGGUGGCCAGGAAUGAAGUCAUCCGCCAAAGAAUGGGUGGAAUGUUGUCCUACCUGCCAAGCCAAUUGUUGCGCCCAUGCCCCUGUCAUUGCCCUGAAGCCCUUAGAAGUUCCCCCCUGCCCGUUCCACACAAUAUCCUAUGACUUCAUUACAGGAUUUCCCAAAUCUAGCGGGCACGACACAAUCCUGGUGGUAAUUGACUCCUUUUCCAAAUUUGGCCAUUUCAUCCCGACCACAAAGAAGAUCACAGCCAAGGGCCUAGCAGACCUGUUCACUACCCACAUGUGGAAACUUCAUGGAUUACCAUUCCUCAAAGCCCUUUACCAACAAUUGGGAAUCAAACCUUCCUUCUCAUUGGCUUAUCACCCGGAAUCAGAUGGCCAAACAGAACAAGUUAACCAAUUCAUCAAGUUUUACCUCAGAUCAUAUGUAGCAGCCAAUCACUCAGACUGGGCUACUUGGCUCCCCUUGGCAGAAUAUGCGUACAAUAAUGCCAAACAUGCUGCCACCGGGAAAACCCCCUUUGAACUGGUUUAUGGAAGAAACCCGGUAAUGAACCCGUCAAACGUCCCAGCCAAUGUACCGGAAGCAGAUGCCAUAGCAGAUACCCUAGCCCGGGAAUGGAAGGAGGCGGAAGCAGCCCUGAGAAUGAGCAAAGAACGGAUGAGCAGGAAUCAAGGAAUUGUGCCGGAAUACUCAAUAGGCAAAAGGGUUUGGCUAGAUGGGAGGAAUGUUGAACUUAGGACCAAUUCAAACAAGCUAGACCCCAAGCAACUUGGCCCCUUCAAAGUCAUUGAGAAAAUCUCUAGCCACGCCUACCGCCUAGAGUUACCGGAAUCUCUGAAGAUCCAUAACGUGUUCUAUGUGGGAUUAUUAUCUAGGAGCCACAAAUCCCCAAGUCAGCCUUUUCCAGAAAGACCCCCUCCUGAAACAAUAGAAGGGGAAGAAGAAUACAAGGUUGAACAAAUCAUUGACUCUAAGCAACAAAAGGGAAAAUGGUUUUACUUGAUUAAAUGGAAAGGGUACGGACCAGAGGACAAUUCAUGGGAACCUGAAGAACUGCUGGAUCACAGCCAGGAAGAGAUCAAGCGCUUCAACCAAGCUAGACUCAGAAAGGCUUGUGACGCCGCCAAGAGCCUUUAA